AAUGUAAUGUCAGUACACACGCUUCAUUGGUAGAGUUGGGUGAUAAUGUGCUCCAUACACUUAAAUCGUGUUUUUUUAGUGACGAAAUUUCCAAAGCUUUCGUCAAGUCUCUAUUUGCGGUGUAGUAGUUCUGAUAGCCAAGUCAAAAAGACUCCACUGUACAGCUUACACGAAAAAUAUGGAGGUAAACUCGUAAAUUUUGCAGGAUUCUUCUUGCCAGUGCAAUAUUCCGACAUGAGUGUGUCAGCGUCCCACUUGUUUACCAGAGCAAGUGCGUCGAUAUUCGAUGUCUCCCAUAUGCUUCAAACUAGAGUGAGUGGUAAAGAUUGCGUGUCAUGGUUCGAAUCAAUUUGCCCGGUCGACUUAAAAGGUAUGGCCGAUGGAUCCAGUUCGCUCACAGUUUUCCUAAACGAUAAAGGUGGCAUCAUAGACGAUUUAAUCGUAACGAAAGUAAACGGAGAAAACUUAUACGUAGUAUCCAAUGCUGGUAGAUUACAAGUGGAUAAGCAACAUAUGGCGGAAACUUCACAAAUAUACAGAAAGAGUGGCAAAGAUGUUAAUGUGGAUUUUUGGGACGUGAGCGAGCGAGCCCUUAUCGCAGUACAAGGUCCAAAAGCCGCCGCGGUGUUGCAACCAUUAACCGAUAUCGUUCUAAACGAACUGGUGUUUAUGACUUCGAGAGUUGGCAAAGUGGCGGGUGUGGAAUGUCGCGUCACGCGCUGUGGUUAUACCGGAGAAGACGGCGUAGAAAUAUCUAUUCCAGCUGACAAAGCAAACGAUGUUACGGAAGCACUGCUGCAGUCCAACGAUGUAAAACUCGCAGGAUUAGGCGCGCGUGACUCACUUCGCUUAGAGGCUGGCCUGUGCCUUUACGGCAAUGACAUUGACGAAAACGUUACUCCCGUAGAAGCUAACUUGACUUGGUUGAUCGCAAAACGAAGGCGAACGGACUCUGGUUUCCCAGGUGCGUCUACUAUAUUGCAUCAAAUAAAACAGGGGGUCGCCAAAAGACGCGUAGGUAUUAGAAUUGAAACUGGGCCACCAGCAAGGAAAGACGCCUUGUUGAAAAACAAAACUGGCGAAGUAAUCGGUCAAGUUACAAGCGGUUGUCCUGCUCCGUCCAUAGGCGGGAACGUCGCCAUGGGCUACGUCCCCGAAGUAAUGAAGAAAACGGGAACAGAAUUAAUUGUCAACAUUAGAAACAAGGAUAUACCUUGUGUUGUUGCUAAAAUGCCGUUCGUUCCAUCUAAAUACUACAUCAGAAAAUAAAACGCAUACUUCCAAAA